AUGAGUGAGGAAGAAUUGAAGCAAAAAGCGCGUAAAGAACUUCAAUCAGUUACGAAUCCUGUCGAACGUCUCCGUCUUCAGUGCUUUUUACGUGGAAAUGCUGGUAUAAAAUCUCUUGCCAGAUCAUUCCGCAUAAUGGAUGAUAAUGAGAAUCGAUCAAUUGACCUAGCUGAAUUUAAAAAAGGACUGGCUGACUUUGGUGUUACAACUAAUGAAAAAGAAAUCGAGGCUGCUUUUAAACAAUUUGAUAAGAAUGGCUCAGGAGCUAUCGACUUCGAUGAGUUUAUUAGGACAUUACGACCACCAAUGUCUCAAACAAGACUGGCGGUCGUCGAUGCAGCUUUCAAGAAACUGGAUAAAACUGGUGAUGGAGUGAUAACCAUAGAUGAUUUGAAGGGCAAUUAUUGUGCUGAUAAAAAUCCACUAUACGUUUCGGGUGAAAAGACAAAAGAAGAAAUAAUUACUUAUUUCCUAAACAAUUUUGAAAUUGGAAAGCAUGUCGAUGGAAAGGUAACUAAGGACGAAUUUCUUAAUUACUAUGCGGGAGUAUCGGCAUCAAUCGAUUCAGAUGCAUAUUUUGACUUAAUGAUGAGAAAUUGCUGGAAAUUUUGA